AUGGACGGCCAUCAAUUGUCAAUGUCAUUCUUACACCUGUCAUGGCCGUUCGCUCUUGUCACUGCGUUGUGUUGACUGAUGUUCAGUUCAGUUGAAUUUUUGUUGAAUAUUUGUAAUUUUGGUCCAUUUCGUAGUGGAUUUGAGUGACUAUCACCAGAAUAUUCGACAUUUUUGCUUAAAUUGUUGAUUCAUCUACUUUAUAAUUACUCAAUAGCAUCAAAAGACUGAUUAUCACAAUGGCGAAACAGCCUGUGGGAAAUAAAUCGAAUAGGAAGUUCAAAUCUCAGAAGGUACAAAACCUCAGAACUAUCAGAAAACAAGCUGUAAAGAAAAAUAAAAAGCAAGGAAUUUCGCCUUCUGUUCAAGAUGCUCGCCAGAAAAUUUCACAAAAAAAAAGAAAAACUGUCUUAGAUGCUAGGGAUAUUCUGGCUAAGAAAGCCAAAACUCAGGAUGCCAGGAACAAAAUAAACAAGAUUAGAGAUGUUAGAACUGGAAGGCCAAAUACUGGCAGUAGGAUCAAAAUAAUUGGCAAUAUUGUACAAAAAACAGAUCCUAAUGGAAAAAUCAGUCUUGUUACAAACAAAGCUAAGAAAGUAGAUAUGAAUUUGGCAAUACGUAAACAGUUGGGAUUGGUUCCCAUUAACAGGACAUCCACUAGAAAAGUUCCCCCAAAACGUAAUGCUGCUGUGAAUACUGCCAGAUCUCCACCAGUUAAUAUCAGGAAAACCAUCCUGAAUGAAAUGGACUACCCUCCAGCUGUUGAACCCAUUAGAUUAUAUGACCCUGCCUUGUAUAAGUGGUCUAAACCAGAAUUGAAAGUGAGUGCUGCUUCACAGAUGAUAAAUUCCUUGGAAACCACAAGGCAAGCUAUGAGGGAGGCUUUGCGUGAGGAAUUCAGUAAUGGCUGGCCAACAUAUGCCUCACACAGUAGUUUUCAAAAGAUGGCUGGUAUUUACCAUAAGGCACCUCUGCGGUCAUCUCAGAGUGUAGUAAGACCGUCCCGCCUUCAGCCGCUCCCCGCCUACGUCGACCUCGCUCCCAUGGAGGAGGACGAAGACAUGCCGAUGGCGGCCCCCGCACGCUCCACGGUCGCCCUUCAAGGCACGUCGCGCUCCACCGACGUGCGUUCGCGUCUCGACGGCUCGCCGCGGCCGGCGUCGCACGGAAUAUUUUCGCACGCCAAGGUCGUCGUGCCCGCCGGCCAUCGGAUCGUCGUGUCGAAUUUGCAGAGUACGGUGACACAGGACGACAUCAAGGAGUUAUUUGAAGACAUUGGUCAACUGCUAGCUGCAAAACUAGUACGUCCAGGUGUUGCCGAAGUAAUCUACAAAAACUUGAAAGACGCUCAAAAAGCCGUGGACACUUACCACAAUAGACAGCUAGAUGGACAGCCAAUGAAGUGCCUCUUGGUGAACAAAAGACCUCUGAAUUACCCCACUGCUCUACCGAUCCCUAAAUCUGAAUCAACUUCGGCAUCUAGAAGAUUGCCGGCGGUACCCCCAUGUCCUCCUAAUAAUAAGUUAGUACCGGAUAUCAAUACUAUUCACAAAGUACUGUUUCAUCGGAAUUGAAUGCUUUUUUUUUUAAUUUCUAUUAAUGAAUAUCCAUAAUGUAAUAAUUUAUUAUGGAAUUUGAUAUUAGUGCGGUGUUUUUUUUGUUUUUUUUUUGUCCUAAGUUCAAUCGCAAAUUCGGAAAGAAUAUAUAAUUAUUGUAUAUUUCAAUGACUAAUAAAUAGAGUAUUGAUUUAAUUGUUUA